ACCGGGGAGGGGCGGAGCCGCGGCGAGGGGCGGGACCGCGGUAGAGCCGGCGGCCGGUGCGCGCUGAGCCGCUCGUCCUCGGCAUGGAGCCACCGACCGGCACUGAGAGCUCGCGGCUGGUCAGCCCGCGGGGCACCCGCACCGACGGCAGCCUGCGCCUCAAAAGCCUAUUUGCAGGUUCCCCGGACACCCUGGCGCCACCUGAUCCCCCGGGCCUGGACCCCCGCUGCCACUGCAGCCCCCCCAUCGCCAUCCCAGGCCCGGGGAAGCUCCAGGCCCGACAACAGUUGAGCAUUGCCUGCACUGUCUGCUGCAUCUUCAUGGUCGGAGAGGUGAUAGGCGGGUACCUGGCACACAGCCUGGCCAUCAUGACGGAUGCAGCUCACCUGCUGACGGAUGUGGGCAGCAUGUCUGUCAGCCUCUUCUCCCUCUGGGUCUCCACUCGCCCACCCACCAAGACCAUGACUUUUGGCUGGCACCGCUCAGAGACUAUGGGAGCACUGGCCUCUGUGCUCUCCAUCUGGGUGGUGACCGGGGCUCUCGUCUACCUGGCGGCUGCCCGCAUCAUCAGCAACGACUACGAGAUUGAGGCGCGAGCCAUGCUGGCUACCUCUGCCAGUGCUGUUGGUGUCAACCUGGUCAUGGCCUACAUCCUGCACCAGUCUCCUGCUGGCCAUGGCCACAGCCAUGGUACAGGGGGCUAUGAGCAGCUGGAGAGCACUGGGAGCUGCCUGCCUGGUCGUGUUCCUCUGCCCGGCAGCACCAGCAUCCGUGCGGCCUUCAUCCACGUGGUGGGUGACCUGCUGCAGAGCAUUGGAGUCCUCGUGGCUGCCACCAUCAUCUACUUCAAGCCCCAGUGCAAGAUUGCAGAUCCUAUCAGCACCCUCUUCUUCUCCAUCUUCGUCCUUGGCUCCACCUUCACCAUCCUCAGGGAUGUCUUCAGGGUCCUCAUGGAAGGGUCGCCGCGGGGCCUCGAGUAUGAUGCGGUGAAGGAGACGCUGCUGGGGGUGAGCGGGGUGAAGGGCACCCACGACCUGCAUCUCUGGGCCCUGACGCUGAGCCACCACGCUGUGUCGGUGCAUGUGGCUGUUGAGCCUGGCGUCGAUCCUGAGAUGGUGCUGCGGGAUGCUGUCACCCAGCUCCAGACCAAGUUUGGCUUUGCCUCGUGUACGGUGCAGGUGGAGCCAUACGGGGAGGACAUGGCCACCUGCCACCACUGCCAGGACCCCUGCGCCUGAGAUGCCACCUGUGGCAGAGCUGGAGCAGGCUUAGCCCUGGCCCCUAUCCUGUGGGUGAAAGGGAGCUGACCUCGGAGUAGGGGGUGCAGCACAGGAGUGGAAGCCUUGCCUGGGCUUCUGUCCCUGAGCUGCACCCACCUCGCUCCUGGAGCCCUGGCAAGGACAGGACAGUGCCCCUGGGGCAAAACAGCGUCCUCGAGGGUGCAGGGUCCUGAGGUGGGGAACAUAGCCUGGUUCUGCUGCACGCGGGCUCCCCCAGGAACCUCCACCCUGAGUCGUGGUAGGAGGGUACAUGAAGCCUGCUACAGCCCCAGGCAUAGUGGGGGGGCAGCCUCCAGGGAGGAGUGUGGUCCUGCCCCACUGCAUGUCCCCUCACACAGCCCUGCUGUCCCUUACAGAAAGGGCCAGGAGUGAGCCACUGCUGAAGAGCCAAGGAGAGCAUGUGGACCCCAAACUCUGCCUUGACUCCAGCUAUUCCACCAUGGCCACCCACCAGCCCCAUGACCACUUCACCACCCCCUGGUCAUGGCUUUGCCGAUGCCCCGCUGCAUGGGGGCUGGGGGAACUGCUGCUUCUGUACCCAUCCGGGGCAGUGGAACAGGGCAGCCAGAGCCCAGAGCUCAGCCCUGAGCUUCACAUCCCUGGCUUUGCUCCUUGCCCCCCAGCCCAGGCCAGGACUGAAUCCUGACAUGCCUUGGCCUGACCUGUUCCUGCUGUUGUGAUCUGUGUCUGUCACACUGUGAGUGUCCGUGUUUGUCCACCUCUUUGUGCAAGGAGCCCAGCAGGCAAUGGCAGAACCCACAGCCCCCAAUAAACUUGUUGGAGAGCA